CUGAUUCUCAGUCAUCAAUAUGCGGUAUGACUGAGGUCACAAGGAUCUGUGUACUUUCAUGUGUUUAAGUGUGUCCUCUAUCUGUAUCAGCCUGAUUAUGUGUAGAUCUGAUGCAUGUGUAAUCUUGCUGAUAAUCUAUCCUCUGUGGAAAAUAACUCGGAUCUCACAUGUUCUUUUGUAGAUUGUACAAAUUAAAUUUUAUGGCAGGUUCUUUCACCAUGCAAUUGUGUGCUGAUAAACAUUACUCCAGAGGAGUUUCUAUCAAUUUUUCUGAGGUUUUUACCACGGGAUGCUUUUGUAUUUGGUCAGUUGGCAGUCCAACUUCAGCUACAAAACUAAAAGGCAGAGAUAAUGAAGCAAUGGGAGCUACUAGUGGUUCUUCAGGUGAGCAGUCAGAUGAUGAUAUAGAGACAGAAGCUGGUCCAUGCGAACAGAGCACUGCUGCUAUUGAUGUAAAACGAAUCAAAAGGAUGGUUUCAAACCGGGAGUCUGCCAGGCGUUCAAGGAGAAGAAAGCAAGCACACUUAGCUGACCUUGAGCAACAGGUUGACCAGCUGCGAGGAGAAAACUCAUCUUUGUUCAAGCAACUUACAGAUGCUACUCAGCAAUGCAAAGAUGCCAACAUGAAUAAUCGAGUGCUUAAAUCAGAUGUGGAAGCUUUGAGAGCCAAGGUGAAGCUGGCCGAAGAUAUGGUUGCUCGUGGCUCGUUGACCCCCAGUUUGACUCAUCUUCUCCAGAAUCAUUUAAACACUCAACAAUCCUUUAGAAACCAAAGCACAAGUCGGGUGGGUAAUGUUUCUCCGACAAUCACAAUAGGUGAUAAUACCUCAUAUCCUGUAAUACCACUUACGGAGCAAAAUUCAACCAUUGGACUUGAAAAUGUCGACUCCUUUAAUGGAAAUUUCAAGAUUGGAAUUGUAGGUGAUGCCGGAAGCUGUGCGUCAGAGAUAUGGCCUUGGGAAUCUCAUGCUCCUACAAUGUCAAAGUAGACCAGUAUUCUCUCUCUCUCUCUAACGUUUCUCAAACACUGUAGCUGCAUAAGACCCUACUUUGUUUUUAUGUUGUACUAUAUAGUGGUUAGUGCAUUACAAAGACUUGAUAGCUUUGGUGUCGGACCUUUGCGUAUUCCAGGUGUAAAAUCAGUUAUAAAUGUGGACAUAACAAGUAGGUCUCCUAUUGUAAAUACAUUCAAUGGAUGUUGUGUUAUAGUAUAACACGACGGUAGUGCUCAUCAUUGUACAAUACAGUUAUGUGAAGUGUGAUGUUUGUACGAUGUCAGUAGAUGACAGAUGAAGUUUUGGUAUGGCUUGGAUCAGAAUGGAA